AUGCAACACCAUCAGCAGAAUGCCCAGGCUCCUCAAAACCAACAUCAAAACCAACAUCAAAAUCAACAAAUCCCACUUCAAGGACCUUUAUCUCCUCACCUCCAAUUCCAACACCAACUAGUCGCGCAUAUCCCCCAGACGCAAGUCCCACAGCUUCAACCCGUCCCGGAACUAUGGCAAACCCACGCCCAAACCCCAACGGCAUCGUCAGCUUCCCCAGGCCCAACUACCCACCUCCUCACACCAGCCUCUAUAUCCUCUCGGAUAAUCCCUCUUGACCAGCCCCUCGAGCAGCGAUUCAACACGCCCAUCACACCUUGCCCAGAACGCGUUCCCGACCCCAGUAAUCCCAGGACCGUUGAACCCACAACCGAUCUGAGGGACAGAGACAGAGAUGCCGCGAAUGUCACAGACAAUGGAACAGGAAGUAACACCCACUCAGAACACGGCACGAUGCGCACGCGCGAUCAUCCAAAGGGUUCAGCCAACUACUACGCCAGUAGUGUCCAUUGGGCGGCCGUUCUCGACAGUAUUUCGGAACUCAUCGCAUACUGCGAGGAGACUGCACCCGGGGAAGAAGAAGGACGGGAUGAAGGGUCGUUGUCACCACAAGAAUUUCCCGUGCCAAGGCUCCUAUACGAGCCGGUGCGCGACACCAAGGCGGAUAUCCUGUCGUCGAUGCCGGCGAGGCCGGUGGUGGAUCGCAUGGUGGCGCGGUAUUUUGGGGCUUUGGGGACUGUGCCGGCGAUUUUACAUACUGCUCAGUUCCUGCGCGAGUACGAAACCUUCUGGCACUCCCCUCUUUCGGCCCCCCUCCCCUGGAUAGGCCUCCUCUUCAGCGUCAUCUGCCUGGCCGACCAACUGCACCCGCCCGGCCACACCCCCCGCGAAGAAUCCGCCACGCGCGCCCGCGCCCACCAUUUCCACGAGCGCAUUGUCCACUGUCUCGUUCUCGGCCAAUACACCAAAGGCGGCCGGUACGUGAUCGAGACCAUGAUUAAUUACUGCGCCAGUGAACUAUGCAAUAGCCGCGACGCGGAUGUGGGACCCUGGCUACCGCUGGGGAUUAUGGUCCCGCUGGCGGUGAGUGGUGGGUAUCAUCGCGAUCCGGAUGGGUUUCCGGGGAUUUCGGUGUUUGCGGGGGAGAUGAGGAGGAGGGUGUGGGCGGCGGUGGUGCAGAUGGAUUUGCGGUUGUCGAUUCAGAUGGGACUGCCGCAUUUGUUGAAGGCUACGCAGUGUAGUACGGCGGAACCGAGGAAUUUGUUGGAUGCGGAUUUUGACGAGCAUUCGGCUGUGCUGCCGGUGUCGAGGCCUGAGACGGAGGUUACGCCGGUGUUGUAUUCGUUGGCGAAGAAUCGGAUUGAUCGGGUGGCGGGGCCGGUGUCGGAUUUGGUGGCUGAUACUAGGGAUCAUCCGUAUAGUGAGAUUCUGGAGUUGGAUCGGAGGCUAAGGGAGGCUGAGGCUUCGUUGCCACCUGCUUUUCGCUGGCAGGCUUUGGCUAGCCAAACUGACAACAAAAGCGGGAAAGAAAAGGAGUCACCGGGCAGUGGUGGUGGUCUCAAGACAGGCCCCGAAGUGCAGCUGUUUAGCUUGUGGCUACGUCUGGGCGUGCUGCGGCUGACGGUCUGGUUACAUCGGAAGUACCUGGCACCAGCUUACAGCCAAGCACGCUAUGAGUACUCCCGGGCCGCCUGCGUGCGAGCAGCAGUCAAAAUCCUCGAGUUCCAACUACUGCUUGAGAACCGCACCCUCGAUCUGACCACCCUCAAUCUCAACAACCACAAUCACAACGGGCACAGCCAUCCGGAAGACGACCGAACGCAAAUUCGUGACCUACUACGGGAUACCUACCCUUUGUGGGUGCGAGCCGGAGCAGAAUCGCGGGAUGCGAGGGAAGCUGCGGAGAGGUUGAGGGGGUUGCCUGAUUUGCAGGGAUUACUUGGGAGAGAAAAGGAGAAGUACACGGGCGGAUCCGGACAUUUGGGGGCGAGGGGGGAGAACAAGGAACGGGAGGCCAAAGAGAGGGAGCCGCAUCAAGGGCAGGCUGUGUGGGAGUAUUCGCAGACGGGUGAGUGA